CUGUGAAGCUGGUGGAUGCAACGGUCAACGUCUGUCGUAUAAUUCCACACAUCAGUCAAACACGGCACCAUGAGCCCAUCAUUGACUCUUACCCGCCUUAUAAUAUCAAUCAUCAUCUUUUGAUCUUCACUACUCCACUGAGCAACUCAACUAAUCACACCAUGAACCAAAACGAACAGAAGCUAGAACACUUCAAAGGCCAACACAGGCUUCCAAAAUUCGCAAUCCCACAUCGUUACGACCUUACUCUCAAACCCAACCUCCAAGUUUGCACCUUUUCAGGCUCUGUAAUUGUUAACUUAUCCAUCUUGGAAUCCACCCGCUUCCUCCUUUUGAAUUCAAUUGAUCUCGUCAUCCAUGAAUCUUCUUUCACAGACUCAAAUAACCAUAGAGUGGUUCCUAGUGAAGUGGUGGUGGACAAGGAUGUGGAGAUGCUUGUGUUGGUUUUUAACGAGCCUUUAAGUGUAGGAGAUGGUGUGUUGGAGAUUAAUUUUAGUGGAGUUCUUAACGAACAUAUGAAGGGUUUCUAUAAAGGGACUUAUGUUGAUGGAGGAGUGAGGAAAAACAUGGCAACGACUACUUUUGAACCGUCUGAUGCGCGGCGGUGCUUUCCGUGCUGGGAUGAACCUGCACUUAAGGCUACCUUCAAGAUUACAGUUGGCGAUGUACCAUUAGAGCUGACAGCGAUAUCAAACAUGCCUGUCUCUGAAGAAACAAUCACUGGAGAUUUUAAGACUGUGUGCUUUGAAGAAUCACCAAUCAUGUCAACGUAUUUGGUGGCUGUUGUGGUUGGUUUGUUUGAUUACAUUGAAGAAACAUCACCCGGCGGAAUUAGGGUUCGUUCAUACUGUCCGGUUGGUAAGAGUGAGAAUGGAAAGUUAGCGUUAAGUAUUGCAGUCAAGUCGCUUGAACUUUAUACAAAGUAUUUCUCCAUGCCUUACACGCUUCCCAAGCUAGAUAUGGUCGGUGUUCCUGAUUUUCCUGCUGGGGCCAUGGAAAAUUAUGGGUUGAUCGUGUUUCGUGAAACCGAAUUGCUCCAUGAUGAUUUGCACUCAGCAGCAGCUAACACACAAAGACUUUUGAUUGUUGUAACACAUGAAGUCGGACACCAAUGGUUUGGUAACUUAGUAACAAUGGAGUGGUGGACUCAUCUAUGGCUCAAUGAGGGUUUUGCAACAUGGGUAAGCUAUUUCGCAACAGAUACCUUAUUUCCCGAAUGGAGAAUUUGGACACAGUUUCUUGAAGAGACUGCUGAGGGUCUCCAAUUAGAUGCACUGGAACAGUCCCACCCAGUUGAGGUGGAGGUACACAAUGCUAGCUCGGUGAUUGAAGUGUUUGACGCCAUAAGCUAUCAGAAAGGAUCCUCUCUUAUUCGUAUGCUAAAGGAGUAUCUCGGUGAUGACGUUUUCCAGAAAUCAAUGAGUUCUUACAUGAAGAAAUAUGCAUACAAAAAUGCGAAAACAGAGGAUUUGUGGAGCGUUCUUUCUGAAGAAUCCGGUGUUGAAGUGAACAAACUUAUGGACAUAUGGACAAAGCAAACCGGGCAUCCAGUUAUAUCCGUUAAACUGGAAGAUUGUACUUUGCAAUUUGAGCAGACUCGGUUUAUGUCAUUAGGACUGCAAGGUGAAGGUCAAUGGAUUAUCCCGAUAACGUUAUCAGUGGGCUCCUACGAUAACUGCAAAAAAUUUCUUCUAGAAACAAAAGUCGGAAAACUGGAUAUAUCAGACCUUUACCAUUCUUAUUUCUCAAGUUCACAGCCACAAGACAAGAAGAUACAAGAAAUUGCUGAAAAACCAUGGGUCAAAGUCAACGUUGGGCACACAGGCUUUUAUCGGGUGAAGUAUGACGGUGUACUCACAGCUAGAUUGAUGAAAGCCAUACAAGACAAAUGCUUGUCACCAGACGAUAAAUUUGGCAUAUUGGACGAUGCUUAUGCUCUUUGUGAGGCUGGUGAAGGGUCAAUAUUAUCUCUUCUUUCCUUAAUGGAUCUGUACAGAGACGAUCUUGAUUACGUCGUGUUAUCAAGACUUAUCAAUGCUUGUUAUAAUACCGCAAAGAUAUUAAAAGAUGCUAUUUAUGAUCCAUGGAAUCAUCUCAACCAAUUCUUUAUCGAUCUCAUCAUAUCAUCUGCAGAAAAAUUAGGCAUGGAACCUGUACCUGGAGAAAGCCACUUAAAUACUUUGCUGAGGGAAGAAGUUUUUAAGGCGUUGGCUACUUUUGGCCACAAAGAAACUCAUGAAGAAUUAAAGAACCGAUUUCAGAUUUAUAUAAAUGAUAAGUUUACAUCCAUCCUUCCAGUUGAUAUCAGAAAGGCUGCUUACAUUUCGAUAAUGAGAACUUCAAGUGCCAUUGACAGAAGCGGGUUUGAUUCCCUACUAAAGCUAUAUAGAGAAGCCGAUGCAGUUCAAGAGAAAGCAAGAACUCUGAGUUAUAUAGCAUCUUCUCCGGACCCAGAAUUAGUCAAAGAGGCGUUAGACCUCAUGUUAACUGAUGAGAUUCGAGAACAAGACACGGUAUAUGUAACUGCACGGAUAAGCUUGGAAGGCCGUGAAACAGCGUGGAUUUGGCUGAAGGAGAACUGGGAUGUGAUCGUAAAGCGGUGGGGUCAAGGGAUGGUGUUCCAUCGUUUCAUUAGAGAUAUAGUGACACCGUUUAGCAGCCAUGAGAUGGCAGAAGAGGUGGAAGAGUUUUUUAGCAACCGAGUGACUCCUUCGUUUGUCAGGAUCUUGAAACAAAGCAUAGAAAAAAUCCGAAUCAAAGCCAGAUGGAUUGAAAAAAUUAGGCAAGAGGAAUCCCUUAUACCGAAGUUGACCAGAGGAUUGACCAGAACUCCAGUGGAAACAUAAGAACAAGACCCAAACCGUUGGAUCCUUAUCAUGCUUGUUCUGUAUAAAACACACUCCUAUACAUGUGUGUGUAUGAUGUAUGUAUAUUUUGUAUCCAUAACGCUUUUUGAGUCCCCUGUUAACAAUAACAUGACUUAGAAGCUCUAUAUAGAUGUAUGUAACAUAUUACUUAAAGGUUAAAUGCUAGUCGCUAGACAUGCAUGCA